CUCUCUCUCUCUGGUCAGGUGAUGUUUUUUCCUCUUCGCCAUUUUGCAGUGCUGAGCUCUGCCGGGUGUGUGUGUGUGUGUGUGCGCGCGCGCGCUGUUCUCCGGGUUCUCUGUUCUGCUCUGGCUGUGAGCGCUCUGUACACUCAGACUUCCUCCUCGGACUGAAGAGCCGUCAGCAGCGCUCCGGCCUCGCGCAGUGUUAUCAUCAGUAAUCUGAUUAUUGGCGUUAUUGGCGAGGUGAUCGGUGGAGAGGGAUCAUGUCCACGGAAGCUCCUGCGUACUCCCCGUUCUUCGGGGCGAUGGGCGCCUCUGCAGCCAUGGUGUUCAGCGCUCUGGGUGCGGCGUACGGCACGGCGAAGAGCGGCACAGGCAUCGCCGCCAUGUCUGUAAUGCGUCCCGAGCUGAUCAUGAAGUCCAUCAUCCCGGUGGUCAUGGCUGGUAUUAUCGCCAUCUACGGGCUGGUGGUGGCAGUGCUGAUCGCCAACAGCAUCUCGCCCACAGUCACUCUGUACAAGAGUUUCCUCCAACUCGGAGCUGGACUCAGCGUGGGUCUGAGCGGAUUAGCGGCGGGUUUCGCGAUCGGGAUCGUGGGCGAUGCAGGGGUCCGCGGGACCGCCCAGCAGCCGCGACUCUUCGUCGGGAUGAUCCUCAUCCUGAUCUUUGCUGAGGUUCUGGGGCUUUACGGCCUCAUCGUGGCCCUUAUCCUCUCCACCAAAUAAACUACAGCUCCCGGCAUGCACUGCAGAACCGGGAAGUGUGUGUGGGGGGGGGUGGGGACAACGGAGAUAAAAUAAGAAAAGAGUGAAGAGAUUCGGGAUAGAAAUCAUCACUGUCGUUAGAAAACCUCGUAUCUCCAAAACGGUAACUUUAAAGGGAAAAACAACACUUAAAAAACACAGCUGUUCACUUUUUACACUUCGUCAUGGUUCGCUGAUCAUUAACGAUGUUUUCUUAGGACGUCAACAGUAGAGUAAAUCCAUCUGUCUCAGUGCUGAAUCUGUCAUCGGGAAGUGGUGAGUUCGAUUCCCGGUGAUGCCACAGCCAUCCGUAAUGCUGCGUUCACGUUUGCGGUUGGCGGCGUCAGCAAACUACAUAUUCGGUUGGUUUCAAUGGAGCCGCAACAGAAAAUUCUACCACCGCCAGCGCCUUCAGUCAGGAGUUAAAUAUUCCCAACGUCUGCCGUCGACCGCAGCGGCGGAAUAAACCGGACAUUGAUUUUUUUUGGUAGCCGUGGACGCCAAACAUCUUACUGAAUUCCAGACAAGCUCAGUAUUAUACAACAAAAACAAGAGAACAGAGCGCCACCUGCCUUUCUCCAACUUAAAUCAACAACCUGCACUGAUACAGCUCUCCUCUGAUAAUCAGCCAUGGUCAUCGAUAACUUGGUCACCAUGGCAACAUCUCUAGCUUCACUGUUAGGUGAUGAGCGCUAUGAGGUGCAAAAUGACGUUUUUAACGCAAAUGUGAACGCAGCAUAAACAGGAGUCAGAGAUCUUAACUGUCCUCCCUCUGACUCGGUAGGGUGGUCCUCCCUCUCCCCCCAUCACUCAGUGUGAUGCUAGACAACACUGCGUCUGUUAGCUGACGUAGGAUUAGCAGUUAGUGUUCUCCUCCAAGCGUGUUGAGCUGGAUGAUGUGGCGGAGCUUCACGUGGAACAUGCUGGACCUCGUCCUGCCAGCUGGGUAGCAUCAUGUAAACUAGAAACAGGCGGAACUGGACACGAAUGAAUUGUGGAGAAAAAAAAUUGGAUGGAAAAUCAUCCCUGUCAUAAGAAAAUAUCACAUCUAGUAAAGAAAAAAAGGAUUUAAGACGUAAGAAAUUUUCUAUUUUUAUUAAACGACACUAUAAAUUGCGAAAAUAAUAAAACUAGUUUCUUUUGGUUUAUUUGUUAUUAAAUGUUAACAAAGGCAGCUGCUGUUUCCAAACUGUGUGAAAAACAUCAGUGGAGCGUCUGAGCGCUGACUCCACCAUCAGGAGGUCGUGAGUUCGAUUCCCGUUAUCCUCCCGUAAAAAUAAAGCUACACAUUUCUAUUUUUUUCUAUUUGCCAUUAAGUGAAAACACAUCGUUAAAAAAAGGGCAGCUGUUUUAAAAAGGUUUAAAAAUGUUUACAUCACAGAGUAAAAGGAAUAAAAUCGGCUAGAAAUCUCCAAAAUGGGGGAAAAACCACUUGUAACAUAGUAAAACAGCUUUAAGUCCAUUUUUCUGUGAACUGUUUAAAUAAAACCACAUUUCUGUUCAUCAUUAAACGUGAAAAUGUAAAGGGCAGCUGUUGUUUUCACACAGUGUGGGGAAAAAACGGAUAAAAGAACGGAAUAAACGUGUUUACGAAGUUUUCUGGCGACAGUGAUGAUGAGUAUGAUGAAGAGAAGGAGCUCGUGUACAGUGUCAGAUUCAUCUCCAACUUCCUGUAAGAAAAAACCUAAGCGCAGUGUUUUGAGCCUGUCUGUCCUCUAACUGUUAAAGAAGAACUCGUCUUUCUCUCUGCUCCAUCACUCCAUCAGUUUGCCCAUCACUCCCCCCACCCCCCCCCUCUCUCUCUCUCUGUGCCUGGCUGAUGUCUCUCACCCCGUCAUGCUGAUUUUGAGAAUUAUUUUGUAAUGAACUUUCACACUGAAGUGUUUAUAAGUGGAAAUAUGUACCUGUAUCUCAGAUCGUGAAUGGAAUAGCUUUUGUUAAUUGUUUUAUUUUUUUGUUAUUGUUGUUUGUUUUCGUUUUCCAUUGAUUUUAUUUAUAAGAACAUUGAAAUUGUUAAUGAAAUGUGUACAUGGAGCUUUUUCGAAUCCCCUCUCUGGUAAAUAAUAUAUAAGUAUAUAAAUCUACAGAUAACGUAUUGGGGUCUGUGGGGUGGGUGUUAACGGCAUGGCGCCCCCUGCUGGUACCUGUGUGUAAACCGCUCGAUGGAAACGGCCUGGCUUGGUGUGUGUGUGUGUUUGCGUGUAUCUGUGUGUUUCUCCUGUACGUGAUGUUUGAUUGCAUUAAAGCCGCGUGCGCCUCUCUCGGCUCGCACGCCUCAAAUUUCCA